AUGAAAGUUGGUUUCGUUGUAGUGCCGUUCACAAAUCCGUACUUCAUGCCGAACCCGAUCAUGGCCGCCGCCGCUGCUCAGCGUAUGGCUGCACCGCCUGCGCCACAGCCAAAGCCGCCCGAAAAGCCACCAGUAACGACAGUAUUCGUUGGCAAUAUAAAUGAUAAGUGUGGAAACGAGCUGAUACGAUCUAUUUUAACAGAAUGUGGCGCUGUGGCAACCUGGAAACGCAUUCAGGGUUCCAACGGCAAAUUUCAAGCUUUUGGUUUCUGUGAAUUUGAAAGUCCUUUCGAAGGCGAGCUGGCGGAGAAAGGCCGAACGCCAGCUUCGGAAAGGGGCAAGGUGGGUUGA